AUGCAUCAUCAUUUCCAGAGUAGGACCGUGGAUGUGGUACAUUCCCAGACGUUUUACCGGCAUCGUAGUCGGCGUAGUUUUUUUGGUGAUUUUUUCGUGAAUAAUGGUUUUGGCUCUGACGAUGUCCGUCACAUGACGGACGAAAGAUCAGCCCGGAGUCAUAAAGGUCGUUGGACGGUGAGUCGAAGUCUUCUUCGCACAAUUCGACAGACAAAAUUCCAAGGCAACCCUCCUUCGGCAUCUGAUGAGGCCAAUCUACAAAUCCCUUCGGCCCGCGUUCCCAAACGAAAUGAAAGGUAUACAGUAUCAAUCUAUUCACGGAUUUUUCGAAACCCAGCUUCUCUUCAUAUCAACAUCACUGCUUGGCUGUCUGAAAUCUGGCUGGCCAAGAUCUUUCAAUUGCCGUCCUAG